UGCAGAGACUAAACCUGAAGAAAACGCGCACUCAUCCAUCAUCCAAUUCCACUCAUCGCAGAAGUGAAUCUGAGCGCUGAACAGGCUGCGCUCUUCUUUGUGCAUCAGUCCUCCUGCUAGAACAGAUUUCGCAUUAGCUCUGGCCACGGAUUCAGCGCCAGUAAGCUACUUUUGGAUACAUCAGUUAUUCAAAACUAUCUACAAAUGAUUUACACAAUUUUGUAUUGCUGAGGUAUUUCAAAGAAAAAUGUAAUAUAUACUAUAUUGCCUAUUUGACAUAUUAGACAUACCUGUUAUGUGGCAAUGACCGUCACCACUUUGGCGCACAAAAUACCACUGUGCGCAAUGGGAGAACAGGUGCAUUAUAUGUUAAGUGUAAGCCACAGGGCAGAUUGUUGCCUUCCGUUGGAUUUUCAGUGAUGGUCAGAAAACUCUUGGUUGAAAUUAAACCAUUCCAAAAUGGACCUAAUGUGACGUUAAAGUUUACAAAUAAAGGUGGGAUGUGACACUAGUGUCCCCUAUCUCAACCCUGAAACACACUCAACCCAGCCCUCCUCCCUGUCAGUAUGGAUCUCUGGCCUCUCCUCUUAUCAUCCCCCAACCUCUCCCUCCCCGAGCCCCUGUACUAUGACAGCUACUUCCCAGGGAACGAGUCCGACCAGGGGUCCCGGAAUGACACUCCUGACGAGACCCAACAGGUCUUCGACAAGACCAGCUCCGUGGUUAUUACCUUCAUCUACUUCAUGGUCUGCGCCGUGGGCCUGACGGGCAACACCUUGGUGAUCUAUGUCAUCCUGCGCUACGCUAAGAUGAAAACAGUCACUAACAUUUACAUCCUGAACCUGGCCGUGGCUGACGUCCUCUGUAUGCUGAGUCUACCCUUUAUCGCCAUGCAGCUGGCCCUGGUCCACUGGCCCUUCGGCUCUGUGCUCUGCCGUCUGGUCAUGACCGUGGACUGCCUCAACCAGUUCACCAGCAUCUUCUGCCUCACGGUCAUGAGCAUCGACCGCUACCUGGCCGUGGUCCACCCCAUAAAGUCCACCAAGUGGCGGAAGCCACGCGUGGCUAAGAUCAUCAACCUGACCGUGUGGGGAGUGUCCCUGCUGGUCAACCUGCCAAUCAUGAUCUUCAGCGGUCUGAUGCCCAAUAAGAACGAGGCGUGGGUAUGUACCAUUGUGUGGCCAGAGCCUCAGGAGGCCUAUCAGACGGCCUUCAUGUUCUACACCUUCUUCCUGGGUUUCUUCCUGCCGCUCACCAUCAUCUGCCUCUGUUACCUGCUUAUCAUUGUCAAGGUGAAGUCGUCAGGCAUGCGCGUGGGCUCAACUAAGCGUAAGCGCUCGGAGAGGAAGGUGACCAGAAUGGUGUCAAUCGUAGUGGCCAUGUUCGUGCUCUGCUGGCUGCCCUUCUACGUGUUCAACGUCACCUCGGUGACGGGCACCAUCAACACCACGCCUGUCCUCAAGAGCACCUUUGAGUUUGUGGUGGUGCUGGGCUACGCCAACAGCUGUGCCAACCCCAUCCUGUACGCCUUCCUGUCGGACAACUUCAAGAAGAGCUUUCAGAACGUUCUGUGCUUGAAGAAGGUGGCGGGCCUGGAUGAGGCGGAGCGCAGCGACAGCCGCAUGGAGCGGACGCGCAUGGUCAAAGACGUCACCGCCGAAACGCGCAACGCAGCGCUGCUCAACGGCGAGCUGCAGACCAGUAUAUGACCUGUUUGCCAGAGUGUGUGAGACAGUGUUUGUGUGCGUGCUUGCUUGCUUGCAUGUGUACGCGUGUGUGUGUGUGUGUGCAGGUAUGAAAUCCGCAUAGUACUCGGUUCAUCUAAGGUGGCCGUGGGGCUGCUUGAGAGUAUCGUCACCCUGAACAGAUGGAUGGUCCUCUGCCCACUACCAGAGUGUAUGCGGACGAGUUAGAUAGACCAGUCAUAUUAACAUCACUCUCCUAUAAGCUGCUGAGCAGUGGCCCUGGCACCAAGGGGGUCCAUACUGUCUUUUACAACAUACCUGUCAAGAUCCGUCUUGGAAAACAGAGAAAAAAGAUUGAUUUGAAGAAGAAGAAAAAGAUGUCCUAUCAUGUUUCAUUGACAUGGAUUGAUUCAUACUGUCUUGAGAGUAGGAUUUAAGAGAAAGAACACCUUUGAUAAAGCAUCUUAUUUAUUGAUAAGGAAGAUGUUACUCACCAAGUCAGAUCCCCUUUGACUGAAGCUGGAGACUUUCGAAUUUUGCAUCCAGGAAGGUUGGAAAUCCUAUCUGACUGCCUUCGUGAAGCUUCUCUGACUUCAAACAAGACAACCUCGUCUGGAUGUAUAUACAGUGCCUUCGGAAAGUAUUCACACCUCUUUACUUAUCCACAUUUUGUUGUGUUCCCGCACAAAUUUAAAAUGGGUUCAAUUGAGUGUGUGUCACUGGUCUACACACAAUACCCCGUAAUGUCAAAGUUAAACAAGUAUUCAACCCCUUUGUUAUGGCAAGCAUAAAAAUGUGCUUAACAAGUCACA